CACAUUGCGCAUACUUGUCCGUCUAUGACAUCAGGAACCGCUAAAUGAAUGUCAUUCGCUGAUAAGUUUGCGCAGUUUCACAUGCAGCCGAACAUGCCCAAACACAUGUAUUGUCUAUGCGACAGCACAAAAGCAUUGAAAUGGUCCAAUCGCUCGUGAGCAGCACAUUUUAACACAUGCAGGGUUAUUGAUGUGUUAAAGUUGUCGUAAAACAUCCAUUUCAAACAGCAGAUACGCUUUCUUUUAUGUGAUUACAAACAAAAGGAGCAGAGGAGGACGUGGAGAUCACGUGACACUGGAGGAGAGCCAGUAAGCGGAAACGUGAGUAUGCAGAACAGCUGUCCAUCUCUAUUCCUCAAAUCCGCUGUACUCUCGCUCUCAUGUGGGUGUGAACACAAAUAGUGUCUAGCAGCAAAGAGAUGUCUGAUGAAAGCCAGUCCUAAAGACAGCCAAUCAGUUACUAUGAGCAGUGAGCUGAAUGUGCCAAUGGGCUCUCCAGCUCCUGGAUGCCCUGACAGGCUGCAGGAUGGUGGUGGAAUGGACUACAGAGAUUGGGUUCGUCGCAGCUAUCUGGAGCUGGUCACGUCUAACCACCACUCUGUCCAGGCUCUUUCAUGGAGAAAACUCUAUCUCAGCAGGGCCAAACUCAAAGCCUCGAGUCGAACCUCGGCCUUGCUGUCUGGCUUUGCAAUGGUGGCCAUGGUAGAGGUGCAGCUGGAAAUGCAGUACAACUACCCGCGCUUCCUUCUCAUUGCUUUCAGCAUCUGUACCACAGUACUUGUGGCCGUCCACCUCUUCGCUCUCCUCAUCAGUACCUGCAUCCUGCCCAACGUCGAAGCUGUCAGCAACAUUCACAAUCUCAACUCCGUCUCCGAAUCUCCCCACGAAAGGAUGCACUACUAUAUCGAGCUCGCCUGGGGCUUUUCCACCGCCUUGGGAAUUCUGUUGUUCCUAGCGGAAGUGGUGCUUCUCUGCUGGAUCAAAUUCCUGCCGGUUGACUCUGGGGCGCAGUCCGCAGCCGUUAUCGCAGCCCUGAAGCAGAACGGUAGCACCCCAGCGGUUCAGCCGGGGCACAGCGGAUUUCAGGCGGCCUUGGCCUCCACCAUCAUCAUGGUGCCGGUCGGAUUUAUCUUUGUGGUGUUCACCAUCCACUUCUACCGCUCGCUGGUACGCCACAAAACCGAGCGGCACCAUCAAGAGAUUGAGGAACUGCACAAGAUCAAGGUGCAACUGGAUGGCCACGAGCGAGGCUUGCAAGCAGUUUGAGAUCCAGGGAUGCGCUGUUUUUGCAGCAUUCCAUCGCUUGACAAUUAUAGCUUUCAACCACAUCAAUAUCUACUCCUUUUUGGGGCAUUUUUUCUAUUUUUAUUUUGGAGAAGAUGUGCUAUUUGCCUGCUGGAAGGAUCACUUGUUUAAAAACUGCAAAAAGCUUUACAGAAACAAAAGAGGAAAGUUUACAAGAUGUCCACAGCAAAGGGCUAUUUAUUUAUAUUUUUUUAGGCUAUAGGUCAUUUCAUGUGCCAUGUGCCAUUUUCUGUUUUCUGCCUUUAGUAAGAAAAAGGAAUGUCAUGUGGUUGCUUGCUUGACCAUCAUUGGCCUGUUUUGUGUUCAUUAGAGUUUUGCAAUGCAAACCUGGAUCGAAAGUGUGCCAAAUGAAUUGGUCUUUAAGGAUCAAAGUUUCAAGAGUCACUGCCAGAGUAUAUUAAACUGAAAUAUCCAGCUUUUAUACAUGCCUGUAUGAGCUUCAGAUUUGAUUCAAAAAGAUAAAUGCACAAUUUACAAUUGUACUUUGUCUCUGUUUAAUAGAGGAACUCUCAUUGUGUCAUCUUUACAGAAUUGUUGUCCAUAUAUUUUCCUGGAAAACUACAUAAUAUCAUUAUAAGCAGUUUCAUAUGGCACAACUGCUGCUUAUGCUAGGCCUAUAUGUAGUGCUGUAUUUUUUGAUCAAUCGUGAAAUCUAGUUUAGCUUUGUGUACACUUCUAUUUCAUGAAAGGUUUUGCUUUCGCAUGUAUAUCGCACUGUCACUUGUCAAGCACAAGAGAAUUGUCCAUAUUUUACACAAAGAAUGUUAUUCCUGUGUGCUACUAAACAUUUGCACUGUUGAUGACAAUAACAACAUUUUUUGCUUGAAGAAAAUGAAUGGGCACAAUUACAAACUGCUUGAAUGAAGUAAAAAAAACUUGCAUUACAGGCCAAGCCAAAACUGUGUAGUACAGCAUGAGUUGGAAUCUCAAAAUGAUGUUGGUCAAGUUAAAAUGAGGAAAACAUUCCAAGGGGACAAGAAGUAGGACCAAUUUCUGCCUGCCUUAAAUAGCUGAGUUGACAAAACAAUUGCACUUGUAGUAUAGUCUACAACUUGUUCUGUUUGCUUUUCGAUAUUAAGACCCUAUGUAUAAGUAUUUCGCAAUGCAAGGUUAACUUACAGACUUUGUGCAGUAAUUCUUUUCAUGCCUUAUCACAAACAUAAUGUCAAACGCAUUAAUACAAUGUAAAUGUCAUUGAGUUGACCAUGCAAUGAAGCAUUACGAAGCAUUUCUUCUGUUACAACUGCACCUGCAAUGCGUAAACGCUCAAACAAGGAAACGCUGACCAUAGUAACUUGUGUUCUGUGCUUGUGAGCUUUUUAAAGGACAUGCUCUUGUUGUGCGUGUGAAAAUAUUUUGGUCAUUUUUGAGAUAUCUGUUGCAUUGUGCCACACUUUCAAUAGAAAUGCAGUGUGAAAGGUGUCCGGAAAAUGUAGCUAGCUGUGUUUUGUUGAGUAGCAUGUUAUUUCAACCUUUGUCUGUACUUGUAUGUUAAUUUAUGUCAAAUAAACAUGAUUUAUUUUGUUUACUUUAAA